GAGCGAAAUCAGGCUCGGGUUCCCGGAGGGAGCGAUGGGGCCGUGGCUUGAAGGAGGACGUUUCUGAUUGGUGAAAUUUGCCGCGACCGGGAAGUUCGAACGGAAGUCCGGCGAAGAGGCGGAGACGAGAGAAGGCAGAGGGAGAAAACCAGUCAAGCAUCUGUACAAUCCUACACAAGACACUUCCAGAGAAAGUAACAGUCCUUUAUGCUGGGACAUCCUGCCUUUGGACUUGGAAUUGGACUUGGACUGGAAUUUAAACCUUGGCAGUUAACAGUUUUCAGAUCUUCAAACUUAGACUGGAACUAUACGUCAGCUCUCCUGGGUCUCCAGUUUGUUAAUUGCAGAUCUUCAGACUUCUCAGCUUUCAUAAUUGUUUACCUGCUUGACAAGAAGAAUAAACAGAUGCUUUUGCAACUUACAUUGGUGGGAAGAUCUGGCUCAAGUAAUGAGGUUCCAUAAUAAAGGACGACUUGCAUGACUGUACGACCACGGAAGUCUCCCGGUCUUUCACGAUAAAGACAUCAGCAAACUAAAGAGAAAGAAUCCAAUCCAUAUUGUAUAAAGGCAAGGACAUUUCCAAGGUGAAAGAAAAAUCAUGUCCAGUCUGGGGCUCCGUUUGGCUGCCUGUUUACUAAAUAUUUCAGAAGCCAGAAGAAAAUACAUUGUUGAGAACAUAGCAAAAGCAGCUCUUCUUGACAAAAAUGGGCAGAAACUUUCUGAAGUGACAGUGCUGAAUAUAUUUUCUGAUCAAGACUAUAACAGAUCAGUCAUUACAAUAGCAGCUUCUGUUGAUAAGUUGGGCAGUGCUGUUCUGUCUGCUUGCUUGGAGGCCUUCCGUGCUAUCGAUAUGGAGGUUCAAGAGGGAAUCCACCCCUGCCUGGGAGCUGUGGACCUCAUUCCGAUUUACCCGCUCUCGGGUGUCGGAGUGGAAGAGUGUGGAGUGGUGGCAAGAAGCCUUGCCGAGAGCCUGGUCCGGCACGUUCCCGGCUGCAGCGUGUUCCUCUUCGGGGAAGCCGACCUGCCCGAGAAGCGCAGUCUGGUCCAGAGGAGGAAGCAGCUGGGCUGGUUCACAAGGAGGGAUUUCAGUGUUCUCCAGCCUGACCUGGGAGCUGCGCCUGCCCGAAGAUGUGGCUUAACAGGUGUCGGUGCUAGCCCUUAUGUGAUGAACUGCAAUGUCACCAUAGAUUCUCAAGACCUGUCUGCAGGAAGAGAGAUCGCUAGUGUCAUUCGGGGCUCCGGUGCAAACGGAUUGAAGGGUGUCCAAACGAUGGCUUUUCCCCACGAAGGGAAAAUUGAGAUAGCUUGCAACGUGGAGAGUUUUGAAGACCAAGAAGCUACGGAAAUCUCACAAGUCUCUCAAUAUAUGACUUACAGUGUCCUUGGCAACCAUUUUUCUUAUGUGUCUCCUCAUUACAUAGAAGCUCAAGUUAAAAAGUUGGCGGGUGAUCGGGGAAUUGGUACCAUAGGGGGAGCAUUAGUUGGAUUUACACCCCAAGAGUGCAAGGACUGUGCUGAAUAUGCUAUAAAGGAAAAUAUUGGGGAAUUCUGGAAGAUUCGGGGAGGUGUUUUCAUGUGAUCCAAUCUAAGGCUUCCUUGAAAUUUUAUGGAAAAUUAUUAGUCAUUACAAGUUUCUUUCGGCCACUGAAGAUAUGGGAAAACUACAAAGAGCUUGGUAGUAGCUAUGUAUUGGAAAAUUGGAAGCAUUUUUUGUUUAGCAACAACAACAAAUGUUCAUAGAUUAUCCAUAAUCGCCCUGUGGUAUUUCUAGUCAUCAUUAAAACUUUGAAAGAACCUA